GGCAGCAUGAAGGCGGCGGCCGCCCUGCUCCUGGUGGGGAUGCUCAUCCUGUGGGCAGAGCUGCCAACAGGCAGCGCCUGGUCCUGCCCCCCGGUCCGCUUCACCUGCGCCCUGCACAACCCACCCAACCAAUGCUUCGUGGACCGGCACUGCCCCCGCGGCAAGAAGUGCUGCCGCACCUUCUGCGGGAGGAAAUGCCUCUCCAAGCCGCCUGCCAUCCCCGUCACCUACGUGUGAGCUCCGGCUUCCAGGACAGACUGAGGGUCACCUCAGGAUUGCCACUCCAGCUCAGCUCCAGGAUCACCCUGUGACAGCUGCUGCACUGUGCU